CAUAUACACAAACAAUAUAUAAAUAUAUCGCUAAACAUAAAUGCAAGAUUCUAGCAUACUAGGAUUCACACUACCAAGAAAUGUAGUCAAUGGUAACACGGAAUAUACACCGCCGCCAUGGGCAAACUUCAACACGGCAGAAGUACUAACACAAGACAACAUAUACUCACUAGAAAUCAUAUCAAGAGGUAAAAUAAUAGCAACAGAGCAUCUUAAGGAUAAGCGUUACUAUGUACUAGGGUCACUAGACACCUGCGACCUAGUAUAUACAAACCCACUGGUGUCAAGAAGACACCUAGUCCUCCAAUAUAAUAGACAUGGUCAUCUGUUGCUCUACGAUCUGAAAUCAACACAUGGAACUACACUUAACCAUGAAAAAAUUGAACCGGAUAAAUACUACAAACUAAAAAAUGGCGAUCAAGUGCGUAUUGGAACAAAGGGAACUACCAGUAGAACAUAUAUUGUAUGCGGACCUGAUGACCCAGAAUGUACACAACAAAAUGAACCAGAAUUGAAAAAACGAAAAUCGGUAAAAGAUAAACUAGUAAAGGAUGAACAAGAACUAAUGGAUAAAGUAAGCAAAGCAACCGCUGCAGAAUAUUACGAUACAAAUUUAUAUUUUGAUGAAUAUGAUGAAUACUUCGAUAGAGACCCAGUAAAUAAUAAAAGACAGAAAAAAGAAAAACAAAAGGUUCAUACAGCGGCGUCUCUACAACAUGACAUCCAGGAACUAUACCAAGCUGAAAUCGACACUUUAAACAGAUGGUACGAUAUACUAAAACAAUCGAAAGAAGAAGGAUUUGAAUAUACAGGAGAUACACCAACAAAAACCGACACGCUGAUGCACACUCUGCAACUCAAAAGCCUAGAAAGUGACAGAAUAAAAUACCAAAAACAACUGGAUACUAUUCAACAAGAUAUAGAACACUUACAAAAACUACUCAAAUUGACACAAACGUAGUAAUAAUGUAUAUGUGGACG